CUUGUAGCACUGCUUGCAGUCUUGGACGGAGGGAGCGAGCAAGAUGGCCGACAACAAGAAUCUCCUAGCAGCACCAUGCCUGCAGCAGCUGCCUGCCAUGGCUCUUCUCAUCAUCAUGCUCCUCCAUCCACCACCGGCGGCGGAGGCGCAGCCUUCCCCGGGGUACUACCCGAGCUCCAUGGUGACGCCCAUGGCCUUCUCCGAGGGCUACGACAACCUGUGGGGCCCGCAGCACCAGACUGUGUCCCAGGACAAGAAGGCGCUGACGCUACUGAUGGACCGCAGCUCAGGCAGCGGGUUCAAGUCGAAGCGGUCGUACCGGAACGGCUACUUGGGCGCGUCUAUCAAGGUGCAGCCGGGCUACACCGCCGGCGUCAACACCGCCUUCUACCUGUCCAACAACGAGCUGUACCCUGGCAACCACGACGAGAUCGACAUGGAGCUGCUGGGCACCGUCCCCGGCGAGCCCUACACGCUGCAGACCAACGUGUACGUGCGCGGCACGGGCGACGGCGCCCGCCUCGUCGGCCGGGAGAUGCGCUUCCACCUCUGGUUCGACCCGGCCGCCGACUUCCACCACUACGCCAUCCUCUGGAACCCCGACGAGAUCGUCUUCCUCGUCGACGACGUGCCCAUCCGGCGCUACGAGAGGAAGACGACGACGACCACGUUCCCGGACCGGGAGAUGUGGGCCUACGGCUCCAUCUGGGACGCCUCCGACUGGGCCACCGACGGCGGCCGCUACAGGGCCGACUACCGGUACCAGCCCUUCGUGGCCCGCUACCAGGGGUUCAGGAUCGCCGGCUGCGAGGUCGGCGCGCCGACCAGCUGCCGCCCCGUGCCGGCGUCGCCCGCGGGCGCCGGGCUGAGCGCGCAGCAGCGCGACGCCAUGAGCUGGGCGCAGCAGAGGGCCAUGGUCUACUACUACUGCCAGGAUUCCAGCAAGGAUCGCGCGCUAUACCCCGAAUGCUAACACCAUGCAUGAUCAAGAUGCUUAUUGGCUAGUAGUAUUAAGUAAGCAUCGUCGCUCGUAAUUACUACUUACUCCUGCAUGUAUUAUUAGGAGGCGUGGGAGUGAAGCGCCGCCCUGCCAUUCUGAAUCUGUUUGAGGCGUGCAACAACUAGUAAUUACUGUACGUGUAGCUAGAUGGCUUGCAUCUU